AUGGCCUCAUCAACCACCAAAACCACCACCAAAACCACCCCCAAAACAGUCCUUAUAACCGGUGCAAACGGCUACAUCGGCAACGCCGUAGCCCGCGCCUUCGUCCGCGCCGGCAGUGACUGGCUCGUCUACGGGCUCAUCCGCUCCGCCAGCAGCAGAGCCAUCUCGGCCCUAGCAGCAGAGGAGAUCACGCCCAUCAUCGGCGCCAUCGACGACCGUUCUGCCCACGAAGCCAUCAUAGCGCAGCUACCACCCCGUGGUGUUGAUGUUGUUAUUUCCACGACUGAGAGCUGGCCAGAUUAUGAAGGACACUACCACAACGUCGUGGCUCUAUUGCGCCUAAUCGCCGAGUCGAAGCCUUCUUCUUUGACCUCCUUGACGACCGGUGGUGGUGGGACCGAUGGCAGUAGGAUACAAGUAGGGGGUGGUAAUACGAAGACGAAGACGAAGACGAAGACGAAGACGAAGACAGGGAAACCGCUCCUGAUCUUUACGUCCGGGUGUAAAGACUACGGCGCUGAUCCGACACACUUGUUGUCCUCCUCCUCCUCCUCCGGAAUCAUCCUGCACCCGCACCCGCACCCGCACCCGCACCCGCACCCGCACACGGAAGAAACUCCGCUCAGCUCACUUUCCAUCCUCCGCCCCCGCACCCAACUCUCAUCGCAAAUCUUUGACCGUCUCGGCGAUUUGUAUGCGACGGUAUUGGUCAGGCCUAUCAACCUGUACGGUCGGUCGGGGAGCUUUUUUAGGGAGUGGUUUGAUGUCUUCUCCGCUGCUGCUGCUGCUGCUGCUACUGAGGGGAGACAAGUGCUUGUUGUGCCGAGCAGGAGCGGCGAGGGGAGGGAGAUUUGUCAGGGGUUACAUGUUGAUGAUUGCGCGGAGGCGUAUGUUGCUUUGGCUACGGAGCAUUUCGUUCGCGACGACAAGAGGGAAAGAGAACAGGAGGAGGAGGUUGAAGAAGGGGAGGGAGAUGUGGCAGGGGAGGCGUUCAAUAUCUCCUCGCAAGGAAGGGAGGAGACGGUGGAUGGGAUAGUGAGGGCUUUGUGCGAGGAGUACGGAGUGGGUUACGAAAGGGUGAGGUACGUGAAGCCGGAGGACUUGAAAGACGGGGAGAACCCCUGGCCGUCGCAGCUGGUGGUAGAUUGGCCGCAGUUGGUUGGUGAUGGAAAGCUGAGGAGGGUGACGGGGUGGAGGGAUCGGAGGCCGUUGUUCAAAGAGGCGAUCGGGGUGUACAGGAGAGCGUAUGAAGCUGCGAAGGAGGAGGGAGGGAAGGGGUGGGAGAACGCGAAGAAGGCGGAGGAGACGGUGAAGGCUCUGGGCGAUCGUUGA